AUGGCCGCCAUGUUCAGCCAGAACCCGAUCAUGAACGGGCCCAACUACUCCUUCUCCGACACCCCCAGAACCAACAAUGCCCCCGAGGGCGCAAGGCAACACCGUUUUGACCCGUACACCGACAACGGCGGCUCGACCCUCGCCAUCGCCGGCGCCGACUUCGCCAUCAUGGCCGGCGACACCCGCCACACGUCGGGCUACUCGAUCAACUCGCGCUUCAGCCCAAAGUGCUUCCGCAUCGGCGGCACGACGGCCGACCAGUCGGACGCGACCAUGGUGCUCUCGGUCGUCGGCUUCGCCGCCGACGGCGAGGCCCUCAAGGAGCGCCUCGACACCGUCUGCAAGAUGUACCGCUACCGCCACGGCAAGCCCAUGAGCGUCAACGCCUGCGCCAAGCGCCUCAGCACCAUCCUCUACCAGAAGCGCUUCUUCCCCUACUACGCCUACGCCAUCCUCGGCGGCCUCGACGAGGAGGGCAAGGGCGCCGUCUACAGCUACGACCCCGUCGGCAGCUACGAGCGCGAGCAGUGCCGCGCCGGCGGCGCCGCCGCCAGCCUCAUCAUGCCCUUCCUCGACAACCAGGUCAACUUCAAGAACCAGUACGUGCCCGGCAGCGGCGAGGGCCACGCCCUGCAGGAGAGGGAGCGCAAGCCCCUGCCGCGCAAGGAGGUCGAGAUCCUGGUCAAGGACGCCUUUGACGGCGCCGUCGAGCGCCACAUCGAGGUCGGCGACUAUCUGCAGAUGAUGGUGGUGACGAAGGACGGCAUUGAGGAGCUGAUCAUGCCUCUGAAGAAGGAUUAG